GUUUCUCGACACAAUUUUGGCGAAAUCACUUGGCGAUGCAGAUGAUUCUUCUCCUCCGGAGUCCUCGGGGUAACCCUGACGUUGUUCCCAAAGCAAGCUAGAGAUCCCUCACUUACGCGUAUCCUCAGCAUCGGUGCAAAAGUGGUGUUUUCAACCACCGAGGAAAACACUCUUGUUGAAAGAGAAAAACUUUCUCUCCGCUCCCAUCCUUUCUGUCGGAUGCGAUUUUGGAACGUUUUUCUUCAUUCUCCCACCAGCAAUUCAAACUCUCGAAUGACUGUGGAUUUUGAAAACAGCAUAUCAUCACGCACAGUGGAAUUGAAAAAUAAGGAAUAGAAUUUUGAGGAAAAUUGAUUCGCCUUGUGUUUUAAUGAAACUAUUUCCUUCUAUCGUUUGCUGGUGAGAUAAAUAAUUUUCGUCUGCAAUCAGCUUUAACUUGUAUAAUCUCAAAUAAUCGUUUGCUCUGACACUUUUUGUAGUUAUGCAGUUAUCGUUAGCGCAAACAUUGGUGUAUUUUAAAACUUCAUCUGGUUUACUGUAACUACAAAAAAAAAUUAAUUCUUUUAGAAAUGUGGUGAAAAGUACUUGAAAAACUGGGAAAUAUUGUGCAACAUGUUUCAGAUCACAUGAAAACUUACUAACCAUAAACAAAUUGGAAAAACAUCUUUCGUCCCCCUUAUAGAAUGACCCCCUUCUAUCUAGAGAAGAAAAUAUAAUCUUAAAAAAGUUUUUGGAGACAAUGUCUUGUGACGUCAUUGCAACUUAGAUGAUGACGUGUGCAGCUCGUCGCCCAAUCACUGGACGUUCUGGAAUCACAUUAUGAUAAUGACACUAGCUAGAAAUUGUUAAUAUCGAGAAGCGUCAUAUUGCGCAUGCGUUUAGUUACCCCCUCUAUUUGGGGGGUGUCAGUUGAGUAUUAGAAACGGACAUCAGCUUAUUGAAAGCCGCCGGUAUGGCUAGGCGCAAGCAAAGAAAGCCCAAACAUUUGGAAAAUGCUGAAGAAUUGGCGACGUCCCUUCAAAACGGUAUUGGAUCUGACAGCGAAACUGAAGGUGACGAGCAUGUUUGCGGCAAAUGCAGGGCUGAGUUCCCAACCUUAUCAGAUUUUCUGUUACACAAGAAAAUUUGUGCCAGCAAGCGACCUGUUCUGGUGGCACCACUGGAUACCACCAUGGAAACGGACGACGAAGAAAAUUCCGACGAUAUGGAGGAUGGUUUCACACCUCCUCCGCCCCAAUUAGAGGGAGCUCAGGUAGAUUCCCCUCAGGUGGCCGAAUGGCUACUAGAAAACAAUAAAAACUUUCGAUCUCUUCUUAACACUCAAAUGCCGUGCACUAACGUUACUCUUCAAGGAUUGGAAAACACAUCUGUUGCUGUUGCACAGCACAGCCAACUUGAGGAAAUGCUCAUUCAGGGACUAUUUAACGUUAUAACCCGUAACCAACAAGAAUCGAUGAAACUUUUUAAGGAAUGGGCGAAACAAUUCCUUGCGUCACAUCCUCUGAAUGUAGCUCCGUUGAGCGGAGCUCCAACAGUAACAUCUCCACAAUCUACAGAGAAUGGGGACCAUCUAGAAUCGAACGCUCCACCUUCGAAUCCUCUAAUUACGGAGCCCUAUUCCAUAGCAGGAAGACUUCAACAAAAUUUAUCCAUGACAAAUCUAUCACUUGAUGGUCCUCCUGAAACGACUAACAGUCUGGCAUUGUUGGAAAAGCAAGCUGACCGUUACAUUCAAGAUUCAAUGGCUAGACGGUCAUUUUUGUUAAAUGGAAUAGAAGACGAUAACAGGUCAAAAAAAGGAAAAGAUGAUCCGGCUACAAGGCACAAAUGUCACUUUUGUGGUAAACUAUUAGGCAGCGACAGUGCUUUACAAAUACACGUAAGGUCUCAUACGGGUGAAAAACCGUUUCAGUGCAAUGUUUGCGGAAGUGCAUUCUCAACUCGUGGAAAUUUGAAGGUCCACUUCCAAAGACACAAGGAAAGAAUGGAGAUUCCAGGCUCCUUCUUAAAUGCUGACCAGAAACAAUCGGACAGUCAACCAUCCAUGCCCCCGGAGUCUAAUAGUGACAAUCCACCAAUGCUGUAUGGAAAUGAUGAAGAUAAUCACAGAGGAGAUUCUUCAAAGAUAGAGCAAGCCUUAGAUUUUUCCACACCACUAAACGGAAGAAAAUCAUCAAAUCCUGAUCUUAAUAGUGGAAGUCUUUCCCCAAACGAUACAUCUAAUUUUAGUGAUAAUUCUGGAGAUGGUUCUUCGGACGAUAAUAUGCCCGACGAUUACUCUGAUCUGAAAAUAGACGUUGAAAGAUUCGAUGAUGAAGACAGAGACACAUCUAACUUAGAUGACGAUGGAUCAGAGGUAGCUUCUCAUCCUUCUUUCGGUUCACCCAAUUUCGCUCCUUAUUUCCUCUCCCCAUACGAUUAUCCAGUCUCAACUGCAACUUCGACUGCAGGAAAUACCACUGUUAGCAACUCCAUAACCAACACUAAGGGUGCAAAUGGGGACAACUCUGAAGCCAUUUUGCAAGACCCAAGCUAUUAUCAAGACCUUUUGCCGAGAAUAGGAUCCAAUGACAAUUCUUGGGAAAGUCUUAUUGAAAUAACCAAAACAUCUGAAACGUCAAAGUUGCAGCAACUUGUGGACAAUAUUGAACAUAAAUUGGUGGAACCAAAUCAAUGCAUCAUUUGUCAGCGCGUGCUUAGUUGUAAAAGCGCUUUGCAAAUGCAUUAUCGCACUCACACCGGAGAAAGGCCAUUCAGGUGUAAGCUUUGCAAUAGAUCAUUCACCACGAAGGGGAAUUUAAAAACACAUAUGGGAGUUCACCGACAAAAACCUGUUGCAAGGCUAAUGCACCAAUGCCCUGUCUGCCACAGUCAAUUUCCAAAUGCCAUCGUACUUCAGCAGCAUAUUCGAACCCAUACAACGGAUCAUGUAAUGCAGCUUCCACCAGUGUUUCACCCUAUCGAUGAUAGGCCUCCCACGUUAUUACCUCCUUCAUAUCCCAGACAGUUCCUCCUUCAAUCUCAACUGGUAAACUCUGAACCAUUGGCCUUGACAAGUUCUAAAUCUCAAGAAGAUUCAAAAGGUUCGCCUGCAAAUGAAUCCGUUAUUAAAGUUACUGGGUUAGAAAAUAAUCAUGUAAAUACUGCCUCAUCUCCUCUGAGUGCUCGAAGCAGUUCUCCGUCUUCAAACAUGGAAGAGAGUUUUGAAGAAAAAGAAUCUAAACCACCAAUUUUAAACUUAGCUCAAAGUGAUCGAGAUGUUUCUCCUCAAAAAGAAGUUAAACCAGACAGUGAAACUUACGAGGUGACUUUAAAAACUGUAUCUCGCAACUCAACGCCUGAAAAAGAUAAAAUUACUGAUAGCAUUCCAAUGGACCUAAAAUCUAACAUAAAAUCCAGUCCAAAGCAAGAAUCUGAUCAAACACCCAGCAACAAUGAGGAUUCAGAAAGGGAAUCGACGGAUACACCAAACAGACUCGAAAAACUUUCACCCAAAUUUGUUAGUCCACCAAAUACAUCUCUGUUAGUUACUCUAGCCAGCGACCGACCAUUACCCAUGACGUUACCCAGUGAUUGUCCCAUACCAUUUUCUGUACAUGGUCCAGACCGGCAUUAUCCACCAAUGAGCAUUUCAAACUGUUCUGAUUAUUCCACUGCUUCUUUAGCGGCAUUAGAAAACCAUGUUAAGGGGAUUAACAGUAGUGUUACACAUCCGCUUCCGUUUGCACCACAUUUUGGAUUGGGUAUCAAUAUGGCAGGUUAUUUUAGAGAUUAUAAUUACCCUCAAAAGCCUACAGCUUCUCCAACUAUCAACAAAAACAAUACUGAUCCAUCAAGUGAAGAAAGAACAACACCUGGUGUAGUUGUUACCAAUGGAAAAGGGGAAACUCCCAGAACUUCUUCGCUAAGUAAUCAAACUUUAUCAAAACAUGACAGCAACAAUAACGGUGGAGGAGCUUUGGAUUUAACUCCUCGAAGCUCUCCGGCAUUCCAGCGUCCAGCUACAUCAGAUUUAAAAAUAUUUCCACCUUUAGCCGGACUUCCGUUUGGACCACCACACCACCGAUCCGGCACAACAUGCCGAGUUUGUUACAAGACUUUUGCGUGCAAUAGCGCUUUAGAGAUUCACUACCGCAGCCACACCAAAGAACGUCCGUUCAGGUGCGAAGUGUGUGACAGGGGUUUUUCUACAAAGGGUAAUAUGAGGCAGCAUAUGCUGACUCACAAAAUCCGCGAUUUUCCCCCGCAAGCAUUUUCCACCAACAGCAAUAGCAACUCGUCACCUAUAACGAGUUCGCCUCAGAAAGAAACAAGCGGGGAAAAAUCUCCAAAGAAGGUGGAUGAAGGAGUUAAGCGCCAGUCCACCGACGUGGCUUUACCACCUGUUCCAGCGAAGAGAGCGCCUGGUACUCCUAAGCAUUUAUGUGAAGUUUGUCACAAGCCCUUCUCCAGCGGAAGUGCUUUACAAAUUCACAUGCGCACACACACAGGAGAUAAACCUUUCCAGUGCCAUAUUUGUCACAGGGCAUUCACAACAAAAGGCAAUCUAAAGGUUCAUAUGGGAACACACAUGUGGAAUAACAGCACAUCUCGCCGAGGUCGACGCAUGUCUCUUGAUCUAGGACCUCUUCAGUUGAAUCCAGGUGCGAAGCCAGGGGAAUUCGCACAACCUCCUUACUUUCCUUACCUCAAUCCUUUUAUGAAUGGGUUACCAAAUCAUCCCCAUCCUCCUCCGCCACCACCAAAAAUGAAUGAAAUAUCUGUCAUUCAAACGGCCGGAAUGAGCAAUGGCAGCAGCGCUAGUGCUCCUAUUACCACAAGUCCUUCUGUGACCACAACUCCUCAACCUCUUUCUUUGUUGUCCUCUAACAAACAGUUGGACCGCAGCAGCGAGAACAGUCAUCGCCAAAAUCAAAUUCAGAGUCACUCUCAGGGAAAAGACAUACAUCCGAUACUGCAAUCGAGUCAAGAGAUACCGGCGUCAUGGCCGUGGAAAAUCUCGUGCAAUGUGUGCAAUAAGAUCUGUUCCUCGUCCACCGAACUGGAGUUACACAUCAGAAACAAUCACUGCAACAAAAAAGAAUCAGCAGAGACUGAAAGAACUGAUUAAAUCAGCAUUUGUUAGCAUUAGAUUUUGAAGUAGUCAUGUAUGAAAAAAAAACAAAGUUCCUAUAUACGCUAGUCGUUCUUCAAUUGACACUUCAAGCACAAGUUGGUGAUUGGAAAUGAGUUAUAAUACUUUCUAUUGUGAUACGCCACACUUUAGUGCGAUGUUGUGACAAUAUACUGUUGGAAAAAAAAAUAUUAUAAUUUAACUUUUGCAAAGUUGAAGUUCUACAACAGUUUGAAGUCCACUAUCCCCACUGAGUGUAAUAUUUAUAGUGGUUUUUCCCUGAGGAUUUGAGGCUCAGGUUCGGCCUAACUUAAGAAAACAAUCAAAGCAUUAAAGGGGGCACAAAAUCUUAAAUGCUUAUGCAGCAUGUAAAUUAAACGCAUUCUCUCAAACCUAAUUCUCCCAGCUUUAAUUUUUAAUUUUUAUUUUCAAAGGAGUCAAGAAAUUCAUCUGAUCUCAUUUUACUGUAUAAAUGUUUUUUAUUAGUUGUGUAUGUAUGUUUGUGAGUGAAUGUGUAUGUGUGCAAGUGCAAAGCACAACUGUUUUAUGUUUAGAAAGAGUGUACUGUUUUGUUGAUUUUUUGUUAAUCUGUGAUAGCUUGUAAAACAAUUUCAUGUUUUGUACCUUUGUGUAGCAUCAUUUAUGUUAAGUAAAUUAUGCAAGAUAAAAUGUACAUAAUUUCUAAAACUUUUUUUUAUUUGAAAAAAAAAAUUUUUAAACACUAUAAAACAUGAGUCAAAAUUUGUAAAUAAAAAGAAUAUUAUUGUUAAAUUACCUAAAAAAAAAAGGAAGCACACUUUUGCUUUUUAUCUUGCAUAGUAUAUGACUGUGUUACGUGGCUAAUAUGUAAAGAAAUAGGAGAGUUGUGAAGUAAUUGGUGUUUGUCACGUGGAUAUUUUUCAGAAAAUAUAUAUAUGUAAGGUUUCUGUGGUCAAGGAAAGAUGCAAAAUUUUACUACAACUAUAAAUUUUUUAUUAAUGUCAUUACAAAUAUCCACUGUGACUUAAGUAUAAGUACGUAUGAUUUAAGUUACACAAGGUCUCAAUUCUGAAAUAUACAGUGCGCCAAAUAAAAAACAAAACACCAGAAUAACUUUUGAUCGAAUAAUCGCCUUUUUACGUACUUAUAUCGUGAGACUGAUACUAAAUAUCCAAAUAAUUGCUGCAUGCGAUAUUUUCAGUUAUAAAAUGUAAUACAAAAACAAAUUCUCUUUAAAAACAAUUUUUGACAGAUUUGAAUUUUCGAUUCUUGAAAUAUGGGGUUAAAAGUAACUUACAAUUUAAAAAAAUAACCACUAAAAUAAUUAUAAAAAAAUGUUGCAUGGAAUUAUAGUUGGGUAAACGAGUUUUAUAAUUGAGUUUAGUUGUCGAUUCGUGGGAAAAGCUAGAGGAAUUAUUAAAAUGCAUAACAAAAAAUUAACAUUAAGGGUAUCAGAUUUUUGUUGGGACCCUAUUUUCCACAUUUUGAUUGCCUCUUUUCAUCUUAUGAGAGUAUACAAGACCGAAAAAAAAAGACUACAUUUAUUGAGAGAAAAUACAUUUUUUCAGCUAACUUCGUAACUCAAAAAACCGUUAGCUGUAAACGAUUACUUUAAAAUCUAAUCAUUAGAUCAAAAGUUGUUUAGGUAUUCCCUUUUUUCACUUCGCGCUCAGUAUAAUAUUUCGAAAUAUUGAUCUUUUUUUAUCAAAUUAUUUUUUUGACCAUAUAUUUUAUUUUUUAAUUCUUUCAUGACCACAAAAACCUAAGUCGCAUUAAAUUUGUAGGUAACUUAAAAAGCUGGAAAUAAUACCUACGAGAUUACUGAAGAAGAUUCGAGCUGUUCGUAUUUUGCUGGAAAAAUACCAAAUCUGAUUUUAUAUGCUUAAUAUAAUUUUAUUUCUAUGUGCUUUUAUGUAUUUUUUCAUCCUCAAUUAUCCUUGGCAUCUUUAACACAUAAAAAUAGUGCAUUCAUAAUAUAUAAUACGUUGCCAGUCCUCUGCUAAGUUAGGACAUAUUCAAAUAUGUGGGGUCUAGUCAUCUAGGGUAAGAUAUAAUAAAAUAUCAAAAUGAAAGAUAAGUUUGGCAAUAUCUAUCAUCUAUUUUAGUUCAAUUCUUUGCACAAUAGAAAAAAAAUUAAGUCAUUUUCACAAUUUUAAUUUCAUGUAUUUCAAAAUAAAAAUUUCCAAAAUAAUAAAUGUUUCAAUUUAACUUGCACCUAACCUUCUAGAAGGUUUGCUGUGAUGUGCUGCAAGUUUAUUUUUAUUUUAUUAUACAAGACAUUUCCAAUGUUAUAAACUUAAAAAGCCUUUUUUUAGGCGUUUUGUUUUGCCUUUUUCAACUGUUUUCCAAAAUUGAAUAAUAACAGAAUAAUAAAUCAAUAAGUUGGUUUCAGAAGGAAGAUACUCUACUUUUUUUGAAUAUGUUAUAUUAUUUGUUAUUUAUCGUAAUUUAUGACAGAAUUUUAUAUUUCUGAUUUACUUAAUGCUUAUUCUUGUAGUUUUAAAUGACCAUCUACUAAAACUUCAAAAAUAUAUUACUAUCGAGAUAAAAUAUGAGAAUAUAUAAUCCUUGAAAGAAGAAAAAUUUAAGAAAAAACUUAAAUUUAAAAAUCAUCUGAAUUCUCAGAAACAAUGGGAAGGACAUGCGAACAUUUUUUUUUGUUUUGUUUGAUGUACCUUACAAUUUAAUUGCGAGUACGAUGGAACGAGAUCUCAGAUACAAUUUUAACUUAACUUUACUCUCAUAAAUGAUGCUUCCAAUGCAUCCCUUGCAUCAAAAGUUAUCUUAAAGAAUAAUUCUUCUACGUCUUAAACAUAAAAUUGAGUUUCAGAUUCAUUCUCUGAUCAAGAAAUAAAAAUUAUAUCAGUGAUAAGUUGCGUCAGAAUGAUAUCACAUCCAUGAAACUAAAAUUCCUAAGAAGUUUCUUGCGUGUUACAUCAUUAUUAUGCGAUUUAUCACAAUAAUUUCUCUUCCAGAAUUCUGCAAGCGUUCUUUAGAACACAAGUUGUGGAAAAAUCCUGUCAGUGAUUUGAUCCUAUCACUUCCAUGCUGCGCGCGACAUAUUGCGAUCUCUAUUUCGGUGAAUUGGUUAAAAUAUCGAUUCAAAAUCGUUUCUUGCAUCACAAGCUAUUCCAUACUCCAAAUUCCUGAUUAAUUUGAAUAUACUUUUUCUGAAUGAACUUUUUUUGAUGAGUUCCGAUGCCAUUUUUUGAAGAUUCUCGAAUCAUUGGUAAAGUGUUUCUCAAAACUCAUCCUCAGAGGGAAAAACAACACAUUUUGGUCACAUUAACCAGUUGCGUUGAAAAAAUGCACAUUAAGAUAAUUUUGUUACAAAAUUGGCAACGACGAACUGCAUACGUCGACAACUGCAGACAACUAUCACAGGAAAAAAAAGACUUUCGAGGCUCGUAUUUUUAAAAUGACUUGUAUUUUCUACAAGGCAUCGAACACUCAAGGGUACGCUAUACCACAGGAGAAGCCCUUAGUGACAAAUUCUGCUUCAAUUAAAUUCGUAAUUUAAAACUCAGAAAAAAGUGUGUUCAGGUAUACCUAUAGUAUAGGUUUUAAAAAAAAAAUUCGAAAUAUCAAAAUACUAACAAAUUAGGACAGGACUACGCAGUGUGGAAGUAAUUUUACCACAAUGUAUUUGCAUUUUGUUAUAUUUUGUAAACAUUUUUUCAGCAUUUGAACUUCAUGGUUUACUUUAGGUUUACCUGAACUUGCUUUUUUAUAAGUUUUAAAAAUACGAGUAGGGAUUAAACUGGAUUUGCCAUGAAAAAUUUUUCACUCGGCAUAACGUUUUUAAGUCUAGUAGUGAGUUGUAGUCAAUUUUUGGUAAGCUUAUCUAUUAAUUUCUUAGCAGCACAAAUGGUUAAACUCAUCUCAAAUUUAAACUGCAAGUUCUACCCUUCUGAAAAGAAUUGCGUGUAAUAUAAUUGCUGUAAAAAAUUAUUAAACUUUCUUUUUUUUUUUUU